CUGUCGAGCAAAACAGGAUUCGUUUCGGGCUCGCAGUCACGUUUUAUCGGCGUCGCAACAAGCUGCUGCCUACGAAGAAGUUGAGGAGAAAGAGCAAAAAAAAAAAAAAAAAGAAAGGAGAGAAAGAGUAGGAGAAAAAUCUAGAACUGAAAGUUCAAGAGAGAUUUGAAACUACUCAAAGGAUCUUAAAAACUUCGUCUUCGCAAUGAGAAACCACGUGGUUCUUCUGUUGCUUGCGACUCUGGUGACCUUGAGCAGGGCGCAGUUUCGAUGCCCGGAUCCCAAGGGUUUCUUCCCCGAUCCGGAACAGUGUGACCUUUACUACGCCUGUGUAGACGGCCAGCCGGAAGAAAGACUCUGCAAGGACGGACUUGUCUUCAGGGAUGAUAACCCCAAGAAGGAAUUCUGCGACUUACCGGGAAACGUGCCUUGCGGCGACCGCAACCUCCUGCAGGAGCCGCAUCCUAGCAAAGGUUGUCCACGAGCGAACGGCAUCUUCAACCACGAGGAUCCAGCCGCGUGCGAUCGUUUCGUCAAUUGUAUCGACGGGGUGGCUCAGACGGUUCCCUGUCCACCCGGACUGAUCUACGAGACAAAAAUGUCAAGCUGCGUCUGGCCAGCGGACGCGACUCGUCUGUGCGAAAAUGUGAAACGCGACGUUCUCGACGACGGCUUCGUCUGUCCGGACGGUGACGUCGCCGGCCCGUCCGGCAGGAUUCUACCGCACCCCACGUAUCCUCAUCCCGAGGACUGCGCUAAGUUCUACAUCUGCAAGAACGGCGUGGUGCCGCAGAAAGGCCAGUGCGAGCCCGGCACUGUAUAUAACGAGGAGAGUUUCAGAUGCACCGAGCCGGAAAAUGUGCAAGGAUGCGAGGACUACUACAAGCGCAAGAACUGAGUUUGCAGGAGUCUAAGGUGCCCGGUCAACCGCACGUGGUGUAACGCUCAUCUUUUUUAAUCGUAGAAAACAAUGUUGCGCGUGUAUAAUACUUACGUAAAAGUCGCCGUGUGGCCUCUGCAACAGGAGCGACCCGUUCGUAUACUUUCGUUCUCUCCCCCCGCGACAAUUAUCACCCCCUUUCUCCUUUUACGUAAACAAAUUCGCUUUCGGAAAAUCCAUAACACGGGAGCGCGAAUCUCGUUGGUCGCGGAUCAAUAAGCCGCGAAAAGAAAAGAGAGGAAAAGAAAAUCUAUAACGCGCGAAUCGACGGAUACAUUUAGAAUAUCUCUCUCGCGAACCGGUCGGAUUUUAUAUAAUUAUCAAUUACACGCGGUGUGAUUUUUAUUAAGUUAAAGAGCGCGCGCAUGUGGAUAUAACGCGCGCAAUGUAAAACGUCCCACGCGGACGCGAGGGGAGGAGGAAGAUUAUUUAUUGCAUUCCAAUCGGACGUUAAUGAAGUUUUCCACUCUGGACGCCGUUUUCAUAGGUGUAACAUUAUUAUUAUUAUAGUCGAUAUUUUAUAUGGAUUUAUACAAUCGUCUUAUUUUUCACUAAUAAUCGCACACGACUUUAUAUGAUUUAUCGAUCGUCUUGGACGUAUAAUAAAAAUAAAAAAUUACAUGCAAAAUUAA